AUGGCGGCCCCCAGGGAGCGACUUGGGUCUGUGCGGACCGAGGGGAACCUGGCUCUGCAGGGGAGCACUGGAGUGGAAGUCGCGCUCCCUUCCCAGCCCGCCGCCCCCGCCCCGCUGUGUCCGCACGGACCCACUCUUCUCUUUGUGAAAGUGAUCCAAGGGAAAGAAGAAGCACGGAGGUUUUAUGCCUGCUCAGCUUGUAGAGAUAGAAAAGACUGUAAUUUUUUCCAGUGGGAAGAUGAAAAGCUAUCGGAAGCAAGACUUGCUGCACGGGAAGCUCAUAAUCGAAGAUGUCAGCCACCUCUGUCCCGAACACAGUGUGUGGAAAGGUAUUUGAAGUUUAUCGAGUUGCCCUUGUCACAAAGGAAGUUUUGCCGAAGCUGCCAGCAGCUGUUGCUACAGGAUGAGUGGGAACAGCAUGAGGAGCACCAGGUGGUGGGAGACAUUUCUGUCACCCAGUUACGAAGACCCAGUCACCUCCUUUAUCCCUUGGAAAACAAGAAGACAAAUGCUCAGUAUUUGUUUGCUGAUCGGAGCUGCCAGUUCUUGGUCAAACUUCUCUCCAGUCUUGGAUUUAGAAGGGUCCUAUGUGUAGGGACACCAAGGUUGCACGAGCUGAUCAGGCAGAGCGCAUUGGGUGAGAAGCAGCCACACAUGAAAAGCCUUCUGCUGGAUAUUGAUUUUCGGUAUUCACAGUUUUAUCUGGAAGAUAGUUUUUGCCAUUAUAACAUGUUUAACCAUCACUUCUUUGAUGGAGAGGCUGCCUUGAAUGUCUGCAGAACAUUUCUCCAGGAAGAGAAAGGAGAAGGAGUCAUUCUGGUAACGGAUCCUCCCUUUGGUGGUCUGGUAGAACCUCUGGCUGCUACAUUUAAGAAGUUCAUUGAUAUGUGGAGAAAAGGUCAGAGCCAAGAUGCAGUUGAAAAUCAUCAUAAAGAACUACCCAUUUUUUGGAUUUUCCCCUACUUUUUUGAAUCCCGGAUUUGUCAGUUUUUCCCAAGCUUCUGCAUGCUGGAUUACCAGGUAGAUUAUGAUAAUCAUGCUCUCUAUAAACAUGGAAAGAAAGGUCGCAAACAGUCCCCUGUGCGGAUUUUCACCAAUGUUCCCGCCAACAGGAUAAUUCUUCCUGUCGAAGAAGGGUAUAGAUUUUGCCCUCUAUGUCAACGGUAUGUUUCUCUAGAGAACCAGCACUGUGAACACUGUAAUUCUUGUACAUCCAAGGAUGGCAGGAAGUGGAGCCAUUGCCUUCUCUGUAAAAAGUGUGUCAAGCCUUCCUGGAUCCACUGCAGUGUUUGCAAUCGAUGUGCUCUCCCUCAACAUUCUUGCGAAGGCCCGAAAGAUGGCUGCUUUCUCUGUGGUGAAGUGGGUCAUAAACGGAGUGCCUGUCCGAAUGCCUGUGUCGCAAGGAAGCCUGACAAAGCUGCCAGAAAGCAGAAGCAAAGGAAAAGUAAUAAGAUGAAAAUGGAGACCAGUAAAGGACAACCCAUGAAUCAUACAUCCGUUCCCGGGAAAAAGCAAAGGAGAGAAAGGGCCCAUCAAUAUCUUGGCUCUUAAAUGUCCGGUGACUGGAGAAUAAGAAAGAUUUAUAGUCCAACCUUUGAUGCCAUUUUCUGAGGGUGCCACACCGGACUUAAAUUCUGUCGCUUUCAACGGUUUGCACCUUUCCAGUCUAGAUAAUAGGCAGGUGGCAUUUGCGGGGGUCAGGGACCGCCUUGCUGGCUUACUGGCUCUCUCUCUGCCUUUUGUCUCGCUCCAAGGCUCUGCCAGUUCUACUCUUUUAGCCUCUUUGAUCAGAAAAAUGGAAUGUGGUAUCCUUUGGCAGCGACAGAAGCAAACGGAAGCUAGAACAUGAAGUUUUGUGUCCAUUGAACCAUUGAACCUACAACUAUGUUAACUUCAGUUAAGGUUUUAAUUUUCAAGAUUAAGAAACUUUAGUGUCUUAAUUGCUAUCUGUAAAGAGAAGCUCAGUUUUUGAUUAUUUAUAGGGGCAGUCUGAAGAAGAUGCAAAGAAUAUUGACCAAGGCCAUCUAGUGGCAUAAAAUUCUAAAUUAUGGUGAUAUUAUUAAGUACUUCUGUUUCGACAGUGCUUUCAAGAUGCCAUAGCCACUUAGGUAUUUGUCGAAUGAGAGAGGUAUUCAGAAUUAGGAUUUUCUUUGUCAUCUCUGUGACUGUUCAUCGAGAGAAUCAUUUUCUCUCCAGAAAAGUGGUGGCAGAAGCUCCUUUGGUCAUGGCAACCCCUCCUAAAUGUCCAGACGCACACUUGCUGACCAUGUGUCCUGGGCCAUGUCUUUCACUCUGUAAGAGGCUUCUGUUUCUUCGUGGUUGUAAUAGGAACAAUA